CUACAGCAUAUUUUGGAAUCUGACACAAAUGUCAAAGUAAAACUAUUAGUAUCUAUGACAUCUCACAGGGAUAUUACAGGUAUAUUGGAGCUGAACAGCAUGAGGUUUCACUGUAGCCCACAUUUUUAUCCCAGAAAUAUCUUAAUAGAACAUGGCUGGCAUCAGCACAGAUAGUUGUUGUCUAAUGAUUGUGAUGAUGAUGAUUAUUGUCCGUCACUAGAGUGUGACUUGAAGUCCUGGUUUAGUGCUUCCCAGCUGCUGUGAAAUCUGAGCCAUGGACAGCGACAGCCGGGGUGGGCGACAGUCAGAGGGUUUGGUGGGGGGGAUUUAGGGCUCUUCCUCUCUGUCUUUGCUCUUGCUCUCUUUCUCUCUCCCUCUUUCUCUCUCUCUCUCUCAAACUUUAUAUUUAAAAAUAGUGCAGUCUCAGGCAGCGGAGGGGUCUUGGAACAUGAUGGCAGCACACAGUUUUUGGAUAUUUUUUGGAGUUGUAACUGUUCUCGGGGGUUUGAUGGUUCAGGUUCAGUGUAAUGAGGAGUCAAAGCUGAUCGGUGACUUGUUCAAAAACUACAACAAGAACAUUCGCCCUGUGGUUCAUCCUGAAGACAAGCUGGAGGUUCAGAUCAAGCUGACCCUCACUAACCUUAUCUCUCUGAAUGAAAAGGAGGAGACUCUCACAACCAAUGUGUGGAUUGAGAUUCAAUGGACUGAUUAUCGCCUUGUUUGGAACACAUCUGACUAUUAUGGCAUUAGUAUUAUUCGUGUCCCGUGCAAGACUGUUUGGCUUCCUGACAUUGUCCUUGAGAACAACAUCGAUGGCAAAUUUGAUGUGGCUUACUAUGCCAAUGUAUUGAUCGACAACAAUGGUUGGAUGUACUGGCUCCCUCCUGCCAUCUAUCGCAGCACUUGUGCCAUUGAGAUCACCUACUUCCCUUUUGAUUAUCAAAACUGCACACUAGCGUUCAGAUCCCAGACUUACAGUGCCAAUGAAGUGGACCUUAUCUUGGCUGUUGGAGAAACAGGCGAGACUAUUGAGUGGGUGGACAUCGACCCAGAGGCUUUCACGGAAAAUGGCGAGUGGGCCAUUGUCCAUCGUCCAGCCAGGAAGAUGAUCAACACACGGUAUUCCCCAGAUGACCUGGAGUAUCAGGAGAUCAUGUUCAAUCUGCUCAUCCAAAGGAAGCCCCUUUUCUACAUCAUUAACAUUAUCCUGCCAUGCUCCCUCAUCUCCUCACUGGUCGUGUUGGCUUACUUCCUACCUGCGCAAGCUGGGGGACAGAAGUUGACUGUGUCCAUCUCUGUCUUGCUGGCUCAGACUGUCUUCCUCUUUCUUAUUGCUCAGAAGAUCCCUGAGACAUCUCUCUCUGUCCCUCUCAUUGGCAAGUACCUGAUCUUUGUCAUGUGUGUCACCACUCUCAUCGCUACUAAUCAAAUUGUGGUGCUGAACUUCUCUCUGCGCAGCCCCAGCACUCAUACCAUGUCCCACACCAUCAAACAUGUGUUUUUGAGGAUGGUACCUCGCUUCCUGGGCAUGUCCCCACUGGUGGAUGAGGUGGAUGGUGAGGUGACAACAGAAGUAAACGGAGUGAGGGAACGGCGACGCAGCUCCUUUGGCCUCAUGCAGAGAGCAGAAGAAUAUGUACUGAAACAACCCCGCAGUGAAAUGAUGUUUGACAAACAAAGAGAGAGGCAUGGUCUCACACGAUCUAUUGUGGAUAAUAUAGAUGUGAGCAGUACGGCCAACCUGUAUAAGAGUUUGGCCCAAGCUGCACCUGAGAUCAAGCAAUGUGUGGAUGCCUGCAACUUCAUUGCUGAGAGUACAAGACAACAGAAUAACAUUGGAUCUGAAAUUGAAAGCUGGGUGCUGAUUGGGAAGAUGAUUGACAAAGUUUGUUUCUGGGCUGCCAUUCUUCUCUUCAUCAUUGGCACAGUGGGGAUCUUCCUAACAGGACACUUCAACCAGGCACCUGAAUUUCCAUUCCCUGGCCAGAGCAAAAAAUACGCCCCGAGUUAAAAAUAAAAUAAAAUAAAAUAAAAAUCCUUUAGCUCUAUUGAAACUUUUCUAAGAGUCACUCUAACUCAUCCUGUCUGUAAGGCUGAGCGGUCCUGCUCAUUGCAUCCUAAGCUCAGAUUCAGGGUUGAUUUAAGUCUGUGGAGCAACAUUUUUAUAAUGACAGACAUUUAACACCAAAACUGUCUGUAUUCAUAUUCACAGCUCAGACUUAUAUUUGUGAAUGCUUCUCAUGCAGCUGAGGGUUUUCAUUCAAAUAUGCAGCUUAAUUCUAAGCUCUUCUUCUUAGUGUGAGUUCUUUGGAUGUACACAUUGACAGGGUGGAACAGGUGGAACAAUCAUCACAAUCAUCAUUACUAUAAAAAUCACAUCUAGUACGUUUAUUAUUUGUCUAUUUUGUACUAUAAAAGAUUCAGCAGUUUCAGGUCACUGCACAUCUUUCAUAGAUUUUAAAAGAAUCAUCCAUGUACCACACUGAAUAACAUAUCUACUAAAGUCUGGAUAAGUUUCCCUGCAUGUACUAUGUCUUAUAUGAAGAACUUGUGCAUGUAACUUGAAGCAGCCAGCUCUGAAUUAAAGCCUUAUUCUUCUUACUAUGACUUAUUUAUUAGAAGGUCUUGUUAGAGGUAGAUGGCUCGGAGGGAUAUUGUCUUGAUAUCAUUGUGCCAUGUUUUUUAAAUAAAUAUUUUAUUUUGUGCAUCAUGACUUAUUUAAUCAGUUUAUUACAAAAUGUGUGUUGUGUGAAAAUCCCUGUGGCACAAAAACAAUGAAAAAGCGAUUUUAAUCUUGAACUGAAUGUCAAAGUAGAUGAACAUGUAGUCUUUAACACAUCAGAGAAAGGCUAUAAUUCCCUGUAGCUCUUAUUUAAUAGAUUGUUAUGGUUUCAAUGUACAGAAUGUGAUGUUUGUCCAUCUACUGAGAAACUUACAAAUGCUCAGAUAGGAGUGUAAAUACAAUGUAAAACUCCUUAAAAUGUCAAACAGUGUAACAGGAACCUCACAGAAACAAGGAGUGAUAGAAACGGUGAUAAUUUGUAAAGUUAUGAUACAAUACACAUUUCCCAUCAAAUGUGUUUAGUCUCUUAAACAACUUAAUUUUCAUGUUUACUGUGUGUCUUUAUAUGUUCAGUUGAGUUCAGAGUUGGGUAUUUGAGAGAGAUAGUCUGAGAAGUGCUAUAUACAGUGUGUUCAUGUGAAAAUCAGGCACCAUUUGAAUUUGUUAUGAGGUUAUAUUAUUUUUAUGAUGUGUAUAUUAAAUAGAUGCUUAAUAAAUGUAUUUCAUUCACAGUGUAAUAAAA